CGAUAUUUGGGACCAGAGUUUGUUAAAGUAGCUGGUGACCCUGCAAUGCCUUUAGACUUACCUGGCUCCAUUGCGAGCAAGAAAGGAAAAGUACAUUUAUCCCAACGAGAGCUCAGUGUCAUCAUACCAAAUGGACAGUGUCUGGAUGUGAAAUGUGAUGUGAAUUCUAAGGGCAGUGAUGUCUUUGAUAUGGUGGUGGCCUAUACUAACCUUGUGGAGCAUUUCUAUUUUGGCCUUGCUUACCUAAAAGAUAAAGAAUUCUUUUUUCUUGACCAUUUUACCAAGCUGUACAAGGUGGCACCCAGUGGAUGGAAGGAUCAACCCAAAAAGAAAACUACAAUCGUAAACUUCACACUGUUCCUCCGAAUAAAGUUCUUCAUUGAAAACUUCAGUUUAAUUCA